UCUCGGCUGGCCUACUUAACAGCAAAACAAGUAGGUGUUUACUGAAGUUGUGUUAUAAAACAGUCACUGGGCACCGACAUUUAAAAAACAAAAACUGGACAAUGGUCUCCGGCGGUGCAAUUCAGAUACCGAGCCGUCUCCCGUUGCUGCUGACCCACGAAGGAGUUCUUCUCCCGGGCUCCACGGUCAGGUUCAGCGUGGACUCCCCACGGAACAUGCACCUUGUCCGAGAGCGGCUGCUGAAGGGGACUUCGCUGAAAAGCACCAUCAUAGGGGUGAUUCCUAACACCAGAGACCCGGAGCACGACACCGACGACCUCCCCACGUUGCACAAAAUUGGUACAGCAGGGAUUGCAGUGCAGGUAGUGGGCAGUAACUGGCCCAAACCUCACUAUACCCUCCUCAUCACUGGACUGUGCCGAUUCAGUGUAUCGAGUCUGUUAAAAGAGCGACCCUUUGUCCUGGCAGAGGUGAAGCAGUUAGAUCAGUUGGAGCGGUAUACGACCCCACAAAGAGAUGCCACCGCAACAGAUGAUGGAGAGCUGGGGGAGCUGUCGGAGAAGUUCUACCAGGCUGCUGUACAGUUGUUAGGUAUGUUAGACAUGUCUGUUCCAGUCGUGGCCAAGUUCAGGCGCCUCUUGGACAGUCUGCCGAGGGAAACUCUACCUGACGUUGUUGCCUCGAUGAUCCGCACCUCAAACAAGGAGAAACUCCAGGUCCUGGAUGCAUUGAGUUUGGAAGAGCGCUUUAAGAAGGCCCUGCCCAUGCUGACCAGACAGAUAGAGGGACUAAAACUGCUGCAGAAAACCAGGAAGACGAGUCCUGAUAAUGAGAAGAGGGUGUUGGUGCGGAAAGGUACAGUGUUCCCAGGUCGACAGUUCAAUCUGGAUGAGGAGGAUGAAGAUGAUGAUGGUGAUGACACAGCAGCCUUGGAGAGGAAGGUUCAUGGGGCGAACAUGCCUGAAGCUGCCCUCAAAAUUUGCCUGAAAGAACUCAAAAGAUUGAAGAAGAUGCCUCAGUCAAUGCCUGAGUAUGCCCUGACCAGAAACUACUUGGACCUGAUGGUGGAGUUGCCAUGGAGCAAAAGCACCAAAG